GUUAUUUGAGUGUUCCCUUUAUUUUUUUGAGCAGUAUAUGUGUGUGUGUGUGUGUGUGUGUGUGUGUGUGUGUGUUUCCUCUUUUGAAACUGACAUCUAUGUAUUAAUACAGUUUGUUAGUUUUUUUUACCGGUCAGGAUUUUUCUCCUUUGGUAAACUUGACCUUGUGUAUUCAUUCCUCCUCCUCCUGCUGUGGGAGCUACGUGACCCAGCAGCUGCUCUGUGUGAAAUGAGGAGAUUUCAGUUCCUGUUUUCACUUUUUCGCUUUGUGGAUAUAAGUUACUCCCCGGCUGAGGCUCAGAAACUCAGAGCAGCAUAAACUCUCCGUCUUCGAGUGGACAGAGUGUGUCCAUCCAGAUCGGACACCGACCUCAACUCGACACUUUGAGCUGGAUGCUGACUUGUGUGCGAAUCUUUCUCUUCCUUCUGCUGGCUGAUCCAGCUGACUGACCCAGUGUAAAAAUAGCGUUUAAGGCAUAACCAUCGCUAAGGAUUGAAUAACGCAGUAAGGCUCUUCAGUAUGGAGGAAGCGUACACAGCCUUGUAUCAGGAGUUUCUCCGGCUUCAGGCGCUCUGCCUGAAACAAGCUGACAUGCUACAGCGUCUUACUGAGGCACUCAGAAGACAGCAAGGUCUACCUCCUGUUUCUAAUGAAGACCUUGAGGACUUGGUUUCUAUCCCAAUCCAGUGUACGGAUGAUGAGAACCUCGCUUAUCCUCAGGGUCAUGCACAAGCAGGUCAAAUGCAGACCUUUGCACCACACAGUGGAGGUGAUGCUGCGAUCUCUCCCAUUGCUGGAGCAAUGGACAGACUACAGCUCAACCCAGCAUGGAGGGAGGCAAACCUGAACAGUCAUGAUGAGACAGUGUCAAUGGGUCCUACAAGACAAAAAGGGGCCCUGGAGCCCAGCAUAUUGGAGGAGUUAAGGCAGGCAGAGCACCGGUGGCAUAGCAGUCAACCACCUAAACAGACACGGAGACCGUGGUCCUCCUCCUUCAUGAACAGUGAGAUGCUGAGCCAGGCCGGGGGUCUGCUGAUGUCGGGGGUUACACUGCAGUCUCAAGUGUGCGAGUUCUGCCAUGCUGUGUUUCCUGGACAUACCACCACCAGGGGAGAGUUUCUUCGCCAUCUGACAACCCAUACCACAUGAACGAAACACACUGCUGAAGUACGGGGCUUCUCUGAGUCAUUAGUAACAUUCUGGAUGUUUUUGUAAUCCUAAUCGAUGAGUUUCAUUGAAACUGUUGGUUCAUACCAGUGAAACACAUGUUACUUCAGUUGUUCAGCAUUAUUACAGAGUAAUGAAGUGCAGUGUUGAAUUUUUUGCCACAAAUUCACAAAGGCACCCAUGAACUCUGAACGAUUGUGCAAAAAUGCCUAAUGUCAUUACAUAUAAUGUAAAUGCUGCUGAACUACACUGUAAGCUCUUAAAGGUGCUAUAUUGAGGGCUGCCUAAUGAUGAAACAGUGUGUUGAAAUGUAAUUGUUGGAAUGUUUUGCAAUAUAAUGUGCAUGUUAUAACAUAUAAAAACAACAGAUUGAAAAAGUCUUGUAAACAGCAUGGACACGACUUGUGUUAACUGCUGGUGAAACUCAGUUUUCUUUGGUAUUUGGUCUGGCCCCCCCAUUGCUUUAGAGGGCAUUGCAAAGAAGAGGGAAGAAGUUUCAUUCUGAAACUGCAAUGGAAGUCAUCUGCUUUUGUGCAGCACUUCAUGCUUUCUGGGCAUGCUUAAAGUAGCUUUGGCUUGUUAAAGACUCAAUUUUUUACCCUUCUUAAUCCAGCAGCCUUACAUGUUUUGCUAUCCUAAGUAGACAAUAUCCCCUUCCACUAUGACUGAUCUGCUGAUAUUGAGUACCAAUGCUCAUACUAACUCUAUCUUACCUAACUACUCAACAGGUGCCUGAGAUUCAGUCUACAGUCACUAUUUUAUUUUGGUAAAAGUGGUGUCUGUGGGUCACUAAUAAAACAUACUAAGUUUGAAUAAAACUAUACUGCUCCAUA